AUGUGGGGGAAGCAAGGAAGUAUUGAGGUUAUUGACAUAGGUAAUGACUUUUUCAUCGUCAAGUUUUUCUCACAGGAAGACCUAGAUUUUGCGCUAACAGGAGGCCCAUGGAAAAUUUUCGAUCACUAUUUAGCCAUUAGGCCAUGGAAACCAAACUUCAAUCCAGUUGAAGCCACAGUAGAUACUAUUGCAGCAUGGGUGCGAUUACCCGGUCUGGCGAUUGAAUAUUAUGAUGAAGAGAUGCUCAAGAAGAUUGGUAAUGUGAUUGGUCAGACCAUGAAAGUGGAUGUGAACACAGCAGAGAAAUCAAGGGGAAAAUUUGCGAGGCUAUGUGUGCAACUGGACCUUACCGCUCCCCUGGUGGCGCAAUACUCCAUUAAUGGAGUGAAGUAUGGAGUGGAAUAUGAAGGGUUAUACAACAUCUGCUUUGCCUGUGGUAUGGUGGGACACGAGCAAAACAACUGCCCGAAAAAAGUCACAGUUGAAGAAACCCAGAAAGAUCCACAAGCGGCCAUGGAGGAGGGAACGAGAGUAGAAAAGACAGGAAGUGGAAACGAUGGAAAGGAAAAGGGCAAUACUGGAAUUGGCACAAAAGAAAAGGGUAAAAAAGUAAUAGGAGAAGGGAACAGUGCCUAUGGACCCUGGAUGACCGUCCAACAAAUAACACGUGGUAAGAGGGCAGCAAAACAAAAUACUGAAGCAAGUAGUGGAGGCAAGGGUGAGACGAGUAGUAGAAAUACGAUUGGAGAAAAUGGUACGAAUGGUACGAGGUAUCAUGUUUUAAGGAAUAUGGAGGGGACCAGCCCUGAUGACCACAAUACAGAUCAUGCUAAUCAUUUGAGAGAAGAGAACGUCACUUCCAAGGGAAAGAAGAAUAAUACUGAGAAAACAGUAACUGUUAUGGAGCAACACCAAACCAAACCCUUUAACCAGAAAAAACCCCAAGCCAACAAAAACAAACAAGACACUAAAACAGCCCAACCCAAAGAAAAAACACAAACCAUAAACCCAAAACAGAAAAACCAAAAUGCUACCCAACAGACCCACCCUAAAAACCCAAUAGAACCCCAACAAAGAAUGACCAUCACCCAAGAGCAAAAUAACCUGAUCCCUGCCAGCCUUGAUUCGAAAAACACACCAGAAAACCACCCAAGAUGCAACACCUACGAACCCCAGAGCACCCAUGAGACAACCAUGAAUACACCACAAGAUGCACAUUUGGAACAGGAGAUCGUACCAGAAACAAUACAGGGUGACGAAAUAAUGGAGGAAGUUAUGGAACCAGACCCAAAGCCUCCAGACCUCAACUCCAUUGAAACAGAGGUAAUGCUGGAAGCAAUAAUGAAAUAUGAGGAACAACAGCAACUAUCUCACAAGAUGAUAGAAGAUGAACUACAAGAUGAAGUGCAAGAGGAGGGCAUGCAACUUGCAGAUGAGGAAGGAGAUCAGGAAAGGGAGGACAAUCCCUUGAAUGAUUAA